CACAUUUCCCCUUUCUCCUCUCGCCAUUGUCCCCACCUUCCAGUUCCUGUCCUCUUCUUCCGCGGAUUUUCUAUCCCUCCCGGAACCUGAGCCGUUGGGCUUCCCGCCUGCGCGCGCCCUCGUCCGAUGCGCCAACUAGACAACCAUGGCCCAACCGUCUCCCGUUUCGUGUGUGCGCGUCGACGACUCGUUCGGCCCUCACGCCGGCGACUGUCGCGGAGGCUUCGACUUCACGCUACUCUUUGAGGAGACGAUCUUGAGGUUGGCGCCUGCCGGACUGCUCCUCAUCGCGCUUCCGCUGCGCGUCUGGUACCUGUCAAAGCUGUCGAGAAAGCUAGUAUCUGCCAAACGCGCGCUGCCAAUCAAGAUAGUCGCCUGGAUACUCCUCGGAUCGCUACAGCUCGCUACACUAGUCCUGUGGGCUCUCCCGUCCGCCGCCCGGACGACCACUACUCUACCCUCGGCUGCUGUCGUCUUGGCCUCCACGGUUGGACUCUGUGUCCUUUCUUCCCUGGAGCACACGCGUCUCGUACGCCCCUCGACGUCCAUCGGCGUCUUCCUGUUCGCCACGCUCUUGUGCGACAUUGCCUACACCAGGACGCUUUGGCUCCGAGCGGGAGACCAGCUACACCACAAUAUUGCCAUCCUUGCCACGGCCGCGGUAGCCACCAAGGCCUCUAUCCUUGUACUCGAAGCUCUCGACAAGCGCGGCACCUUUCGUCCCGAGUUCCAGGACUACCCGCCAGAGGCCACGAGCAGCAUCUUCAACCGCGCCUUCUUCUGGUGGCUCAACCCCCUGUUCAAGCAGGGGUUUCGCCGCGAUCUUGACGUUGACGACUUGUUCCUGCUCGAUAAACACCUACGCGCGUCAUACGGAUUCGCGCGUUUUCAGUCAAUUUGGAACUCUAUCACAGAAAAGUCCCCCUAUUCUCUGCUGUGGGCAUCCUAUCGCGUCCUCAAGUGGCCGGUUCUCCAGACGAUCCUGCCACGGGCCUGCUACACUGCCCUCUCGUUCUGCCAGCCGUUUCUCAUCAACCACGCGAUCGUGUUAUCCCAGGAGCCGGUUACCAAUGUCAGCACGCAAAAAGGAUACGGCCUCAUUGGCGCGUACAUCUUGGUCUACGGCGGCAUCGCGCUCGCCAUGGGCCAAUACCAGCAUCGCACGUACCGCAGUAUUGCCAUGCUCCGCGCCGGCCUUGUCUCCAUCAUCUACCGUAAGACGAGCACCGUGAGCCUCAGGGGAAUCGAUCCAGCCACCUCGAUGACCCUGAUGAGCGCCGACAUUGAGCGCAUCGUCCAAGGCUUCCAGACAAUGCACGAGAUCUGGGGCAACUCGAUCGAGGUCGCGCUGGCCAUCUACCUCCUCGAACGGCAGCUAGGGGUUGCGUGUGUGGUGCCUGUUGCCGUCUCCAUCUUCUCCCUGCUGGGCUCCAUCGUGGCCAUGAACUUUAUCAUGUCCCGGCAGGCCAUGUGGCUCGAGGCCAUCGAGAAGCGCAUCUCGGCCACGUCGGCCAUGCUCUCCUCGAUGAAGGGCGUCAAGAUGUGCGGGCUCAAAGACACGCUGCUCUCCAGUCUGCAGCAGCUGCGCGUCGAUGAGCUGAGAAUCUCCAAGAAAUUCCGGAGGUUGAUCAUCUGGAACAUGCUAUUCGCCUACAUGACGCAGGUCUUCGCGCCCGUCCUGACCUUCCUGGUGUUCUCCAUCCGCGCCCGCGACACCGGGGAUAAGACGCUGGACACGGCGCGCGUCUUCACGUCGCUAUCCCUGUUUGCCCUGCUCUCGGAGCCCCUGGCCUCGCUCGUCAUGGCCCUCGCCGCCUACCUGGGGGCCGUCGGCAGUUUCGUCCGCAUCCAGCAGUUCCUCGAGUCCGAGGAGCGGCCGGACAUGCGCAAGCCCGAGGCCGAGCCGACCGAGAAGCCGCGGAUCGACGAGUCGGCCGCAGAUGCCGUCGUCGUUCAGGGCGGUAGCUUCGGCUGGGACCCCGAGAAGGAGCCCAUCCUCGAGGACAUCACCAUGUCGGUCCCCUGGCGCAAGCUGACCAUGGUCGUCGGCCCCGUCGGCUGCGGCAAGUCGACCCUGCUGCUGUCCAUCCUGGGCGAGGUGCCCGCCCUCGCGGGAUCGGUGCGCCUCGGGUCCGCCAGCGUCGCCUACUGCUCCCAGGACCCCUGGCACAUGAACGGCACCAUCCGCCAGGCCAUCGUCGGCUGCGAAGAGUACGACGAGAUGUGGUACGCCCGGGUCGUUCACGCCUGCUCCCUUCGGAGGGACUUCCGAGAGCUGCCGCUCGGCGAUUCCACAAAAAUCGGAAGCGGCGGCAUCGCCCUGAGCGGGGGCCAGAGCCAGCGCAUUGCACUUGCUCGGGCCGUAUAUGCCCGCAGAAAGAUUGUCAUUCUGGACGAUGUCCUGGGUGGGCUCGACAACACAACUGAGAACCACGUGUUCCACAGCCUGCUCGGCGAGAAGGGCCUGCUCCGUGGUAUGGAGGCUACCGUCCUCCUUGUUUCGUCUUCUGCAAAACGCCUCCCGUACUCGGAUCACAUCGUGUGUCUGGGCUCGGACGGUAAGAUCGAUUCCCAGGGCACAUUUGCCCAGCUCGACGCCGCUGGAGGCUACGUGUCCUCGUUCUGCUUGCCCCGCGCCGACUGGGCCUACACCCCCGAGGAUGAAGACCAGAGACCCGAGGUCGCGCUCGAGAAGCUCCCGCCGAGCUUGACGACGGUGGAGGACCGAUCUGGGGUGGAGGGGGAUUCGAGUGCCUCGAGCACGUCGAGCAAGACGGCCUACAACAACAACAGCAACAACAACAACAACAACGCCGACGGCGGGGACGGGAUGAGCCGGCGCACCGGGGACAUCCAGAUCUACCUCUACUACAUCAAGUCGGUCGGCUGGUGGGCGACCCUCAUCUUCGUCUUUGCCAUCUCUGGCUUUGCUUUCUGCCUCUCGUUCCCCACCAUCUGGGUGGAAUGGUGGGCCGCCUACAACGAGGACGAUCCCAAUGGCAACCUUGGAUACUGGCUCGGCAUAUAUGCCAUGCUCGGUGGCGUCGCCAUUAUCUGCUUGGUCCUCAGUUGCUGGCAAAUGAUCAUGACAAUGGUUCCCCGAUCCGGCGAGAAGUUCCAUUUCGCCCUGCUCAGCGCCGUUCUCAACAACCCCAUGUCCUUCUUCGUCAACACGGACUCAGGAGUCACCCUGAAUCGAUUCAGCCAGGACUUGCAGCUCAUUGAUAUGGAACUGCCCAUCUCGGCACUGAACACCUUCGCGACUCUUGUCAUGUGUCUCGCGCAAAUGGCGCUCAUCGGCUACGGCUCUGUAUACGCGGCGAUCUCGUUCCCAGUUGUGCUGGUGUCCCUGUAUAUCAUCCAGAAGGUGUAUCUGCGCACAUCGCGGCAGUUGCGUCUCAUGGACCUCGAGACCAAGGCGCCGCUCUACUCGCUGUUUGAGGAGUCCCUGAACGGUAUCGCCACCAUCCGCGCGUUCCGGUGGCAGGACAAGCUCAACGACAAGAACCACGAGCUUCUGGACCGCUCCCAGCGGCCCUUCUACCUGCUCUUCUCGGUCCAGCGCUGGCUCACACUCGUCCUCGACCUGGUGGUCGCGGCCAUCGCCGUGCUGUUGGUCGUCUUGGUCGUCGCCCUGCGCGGCACUCUCGCGGCAGGGGGCGUCGGCCUCGCCCUGCUCAACGUGAUCCAGUUCAGCCAGAACAUCAAGCUGCUGGUCUCGUUCUGGACGACCCUCGAAACGCACAUCGGCUCCGUGGCCCGCAUCAAGAGCUUCACCGAGACGGCCGUGCCCGAGGACCUACCCGAGGAGAACCAGCAGCCCCCGCCGGGUUGGCCAUCGGCGGGCGCCAUCGAGUUUAGCAACCUGUCGGCCUCAUACAACCGCGACGAGCUCGUAUUGAAAGAGGUCUGCCUGUCCAUCAAGGCGGGAGAGAAGAUUGGGAUCUGCGGGCGGACGGGCAGCGGCAAGACGUCCCUCAUCAUGACGCUCUUCCGGCUCGUGGACAUGCAGGGCGGGUCGAUCAGCGUGGACGGGGUGGACAUCUCGACGCUGCCGCGGCAGGAGGUGCGCAGCAAGAUCGUCGCCGUGCCGCAGCACCCGUUCCUCCUCAAGGGCUCCGUCCGUCUCAACGCGGACCCGAUGGGCCAGGCGUCCGACCAGGACAUCACCGCGGCGCUACAGUGCGUCCAGCUGAUGGAGGCGGUCGAGAAGAACGGCGGGCUCGACGCCGACAUCGACGACCUCAACCUGUCAGUCGGCCAGAAGCAGCUGUUCUGUCUCGCCAGGGCCAUGCUCCGCCCCAGUACCAUCCUCAUCCUCGACGAGGCCACCAGCAGCAUCGACGCCAAGACUGAGGAGACCAUGCAGCGUCUUAUUCGGAGGAAGUUCGCCAACCACACCGUCAUCGCGGUGGCUCACCGCAUCGAGACCAUCAUGGACUUUGACAAGGUGGCGGUUCUCGACGCGGGAAGGCUCGUAGAAUUUGACAACCCGUAUAAGCUCCUCGAGUCGCCAGGGUCCGCAUUCACAAAGCUGUACUGCGCAGCACUGGCAGAGGAGGAGGAGGACUUAGAUAAGAAGCGGCCGACAUGAAACUUGUUGACAUGAUUAAUUAGGUACAGUACAUGAUGCAUUUGACACCAGGCGGUAAUGGCCAUCAAGAGGGGGGUUGGAAGUCGUGCGGUACAUCAAAGUGCAUAGGUUGUUUUGAGUCGGAUUUUUCUCCUACUUCGCUUUACACAUGUAAUUACCCGUCGAUAUCGCUUCAUACCUGUACAGUAAUUAUGGACGUACAUUCGGAAGAGGUGCGCUUCCCGAUCGGGUAACUAC